AUGUCCGUCGAUGCUGAAACGACCCCAGUUGCAGAACAAGAAGUUGUGGAUCAACAACUCGCUCAGGAAACGGAUGCACAUUUGUCUGUGACCGAGGACCAGGCCCAACCGGAAUCGGAAACCCCCGUCGGGGUAGAAGAGACACCGGCCAGCACAGAACCGGAGCAACAAGCGGUCGCGGAUGCGGAACCGACUGAGCAAGCUGAGGCGACCACGGCCGUGGUUGUGCCGGAGGAACAGACCGAAGCGUCUCCUGAAGGUAUUGAAGAAACGGUAACGGAGGAGGCCUCGUCACUGGAGGAUGAAAAAAAAGGCAAGAAAAAGGUAAAUGUGAUUAAAUGGAUCAAAAAGAAUGUUCACAUUCAUUUGCCCAAAUCCGAUGAAGGUGAACAGUCUGGAGAACCCGCCUCCGGUGAAUGCCCCGAGAGCACAGAAGAAGUUACCAGUGCAGAGGCACCCGAGGCGGAACCGAGUGGUGAUGCUCCGACAGCUGUCACUUCUCAGGAACCAAAAUCAGAAUCCGAGACAAUCAACUCCACCCCGGUAGCGGAAGAAAAAGAAUCCGACCGAGAGAAACCGGUAGCCCAUUAG